AAGUCUCUACUGAACGAGCCAAUCAGCAGCGGCGCAGGUUGGCGCGGGGUCAGAGCCGCGGAGGCGGAGCGGGCGCUGCGGCAGGAGGGAAGAUGGCGGACGAGGAGAAGCUGCCGCCGGGCUGGGAGAAGCGCAUGAGUCGCAGCUCAGGUCGGGUAUACUACUUCAAUCACAUCACCAAUGCCAGCCAGUGGGAGCGGCCCAGUGGCGGCAGCAGUGUUGGAGGCAGUAGCAAGAAUGGCCAGGGAGAGCCAGCCAGGGUGCGCUGCUCGCACUUGCUGGUGAAGCACAGCCAGUCUCGGAGGCCCUCAUCCUGGCGGCAGGAAAAGAUCACCAGGAGCAAGGAGGAGGCCCUGGAGCUGAUCAAUGGCUACAUCCAGAAGAUUAAGUCAGGAGAAGAAGAUUUUGAAUCUCUGGCCUCACAGUUCAGCGACUGCAGCUCUGCCAAAGCCAGGGGAGACCUUGGUGCCUUCAGCAGAGGUCAGAUGCAGAAACCGUUUGAGGAUGCAUCGUUUGCUCUUCGGACAGGGGAGAUGAGUGGGCCAGUGUUCACAGAUUCGGGCAUCCAUAUCAUCCUGCGCACAGAAUAAGGCCAGUGCCUGGCCAGCCAGCCCAUGGAUGCCCUUCCUGCUACUGUCACACAGUAUUUAUUGUUCCUGAAAUGGCUGGGAGAGGGGCUCCAGAUAGUAACUCUGAGCUCCCUACUUCCUGUUUGACCCCAUUUGGGGCUGUCCUAGCCAGGCUUCUUCUGAAGGAAUCAACUUCAGAAGGGCAAUGGGGGUAUGGAAGCCCCAGGCUCAGGGGGUCAAAGGUGACCUGACACCCAGGUCUCAGAGGCAGGCAGGAGGGCCUUGUUUCUUGUUAGUUUUAUGCUCUGUUCUUCUGUUCAGUUGCAAAAAGCAGACGCUGCACACCUGGCGAUGCAGUACCUCAGCCUCGGUUGUGAUGCAGCGCCCAUGCACCUCCAUUAAAUCUGGAACCACUGGCU